AGUUUCCACCAACACCACAAAAAGAGAGUGAAAGGAAAUAUGGCUAAGUCAGAAAAUCCUUUCCUGGCCAUUCAUCAUCUAUGGCUCUUCUUCCUUCUUCUCUCAGAACCCUUUCCCAUAUCUCAUCUCAGCUUUAUCUUACUUCCUUUCACAACCCCAUCAUUCUUGCUCCACCAUCAUCUUUCAAUCCACUGAUUCAUUCAAAGCAACACCAGAACCACAGAAGCAGCAAUUCCAAGCUCUUGGCUAUUUCUUAUAGAUAUUUCACUGAACAAGAAGAAGAUGAUGAUGAUGACGAUGAAGAGCACAAUUUUGAUGAAGCAGUGACUCUCUUCAAUGGAGGAGAGUACUACAAGUGCCAUGACUAUCUUGAAGUCCUUUGGAACAGCGCUGAAGAACCCGCUAGGACACUCAUUCAUGGAAUACUGCAAUGUUCUGUGGGUUUUCAUCACCUCUUCAACCAGAACCAUAAAGGAGCCAUGAUGGAGUUGGGGGAAGGAUUGUGUAAGCUGAGAAAGAUGGAAUUCUCAAAUGGGCCGUUUCAGAAGUUUGAGAAAGAGAUUUCAGCUGUUCUGGAUUUUAUCUACCAGACUCAGAUAGAAUUAGCCGCAUGUAGUGAGGAUAUUUGUGUUGCAAUGGAUCGAUCAGAAAGAUCUUACCAACUUCUGGGGGAAUAUGCUUCAGGGAAACGGGUAUAUGAUCUAGAACUUGGUCUGGAUGCAUCAGUGUACAUUGUUUUCUGCCCUCAAGGGUCUAAAUCUAAUCAUGCCACUGAAGCCCCAAGGGUAAAGCUUCCCAAGCUUAAGGCUACCAUGGAACAUCUUAUAGCCUAUGAAUAUAAGUAAAAGUCUUCUCAAGACCAAUCAUGAAGUUCAAACCACAUGCAAAAUUGUUCUUCAAUUACAUUAAGACUAGAUGCUACACAAAUCGUUAAAGGUUACAUCCUGGGAAGAGUCCUCUUGGCUCUUGUGCAAGUAUCACAAUGAAAUCGUUAAGUAAAAGCCAAAAAUAAGGUAAUUGUAUAUUAAAUUAAAAUAGGCUCUUGAAAUUGAGUUAGUUUUUAACAUUUUACUUUAAUUUAAAAAUACUCAUGCUCUAGAUGGAAUAUUAAUAGUUGAAUAAUAAUGACAAUAUUUUGAACGAGCUACUUCUAUAGACUUGACAAUUUGUAAAUUAUCCAAAAUCUGAUUUGUACAAUAAUUAAGUUAAUGUCUUAUGAGUUAGCGGUUAAAUUAAUAAAUUAACUAU